GCUGUCUAUUUGUUAUUCCUAAAAAAUUUUGUAAAAAAAUUACCAAUAAUUGUUACCUUCAUGUAAAGUGACAGCGAGCAUUAAAUUAUUCAUAUGAGGGAAAAUGUUGGCAAAUCAUGCUGGAAUCACUAAUAGUCUUGACAGUGCUGAAUUGUAUUUUUAUGUUCAGUUCCACAGUAACAACCUGCGCAUUAUGGUGGCAAUAUCAGGGUCAUCGUUGUUGUCCUAGAAAAACUACUACUCAACAAAAAUUCGAUUCAAAGAGAUCGAAGAACUAUACUCUACAAACUGCCAAAAAGUCAAGGAAAUCAGAUUUUGAUGGCUAUGCUAAAGUUAGCAAGUCUGGUAUAAAUGGUAGCAAGUACAGAAGUAAAAAAAGUCAGAAGAAUAGGUCUAAAGAUCUGGAAUAUAAAAAAAGAAGCAAACAGAAUAUAUCAUUCAUAGAUGGACUGGAAGUAAGAAAGUUCGAUGAAAAGGCCAAAAUGUCAGAGGCUUCUCAAACGAUAAAUGAUACAAAGUCAACGGUCGUAAUGGAAUUUUCAACAGUCCAAAAAGUUGUGCAGAUUGUCGACAACGAUCUUGAUAUUAAUUCAGUGAGAGCUCCUUUUAAAGAAAUUGUCAUUCAAAAAGAUAUUGCAGACAAGAAGCGUGAUUAUAAUGUUGAGCAAAAUUUCAAAGCUAACAUAGCUACUACUGACUCUUAA